AUGUCCAGCUCCUCCUCCAUAGUACCGCAGGGGCCUGCGCAUGAUAUACCAGCGCAUUUUCUCCACUCACCGGUUGACCGCGAGUCUACCCGUCUGCCUAAUACCAUCUCCCACCGUGGUUUCAAAGGCCAAUACCCGGAAAACACCAUUCUGGCAAUCGAUGAAGCCAUCAAGGCUGGAACACAUGCUCUCGAACUUGAUCUUCACAUCUCCCGCGAUGGAGAAGUCGUGCUGUCGCACGAAAAGGUCGCUGAAUGUGACUGGGAGUAUCUCAAGACUCUCCGCACUAUCCAAGCUCCCCAUGAGCCCAUGCCCCGGCUGGUCGAUGUGUUGGAAUACCUUAGACAGCCGGGCCGUGAGCAUAUCUGGGUCAUGCUGGACAUCAAGCUCACAAAUGAACCCGCCGAGAUAAUGCAACGGAUUGCCCAAACCAUCGAGACCGUACCCAUUCCUCGAAUCGGCCCGGACUGGCACAGACGAGUCGUCCUUGGCUGUUGGUCUUCACGCUACCUACCCGCCCGAACAAAAUAUCUCCCCCGAUAUGCCGUCUCACUAGUGUGCGUUGACGUGAGCUAUGCCAGGCAGUUCCUCCAGGUGCCACGGCUAUCGUUCAACAUCAACCAGAUGGCCUUGAUGGGCCCGCUAGGUCGGGGCUUCCUGGAAGAAGCCCAAGCAGCUCGGCGUCGAGUAUAUGUCUGGACGGUAAACGCCCCCAACCUGAUGCGUUGGUGUAUCCGACACAGGAUCGACGGCGUCAUCUCCGACGAACCAGGCCGAUUCCGACAGGUCUGCGCCGAGUGGGAGAAAGAACACUCGGGCGGACCUGGUCUGCCGGACCCCAAGCUGGAUCGGAUCACCUUUAAACAGCGAUUGCAGAUCUACGCGGUGGCAAUGUAUGUUGUUGUGUUUGGCUGGUUCGUCAAACGCAAGUACUUCCCCCCUCUUGAGCGGGUUCAUUUCGAAGAACGCAAGCUGGAAUAG